UGUUUAUUCUCUCCUUCUCUUUUCCUCCUUCUGUGCCUAUGCUCGGUCAUCCAGGCCUAUAGCAGGAGGAGUAGUUGGGAUCAUUGUGCUGAGAAGAGGUGCCAAAGGAGGAGGCGUGGAGCAGAGGUGCAGCAGCAGUGGUGGUAUCAGUCAGCAGUGGCAGGAGGCCGACCAGGAGCAGAACCUGUGAUACCUGCACCAGGAGGAGGACAAGAAGAAGGAGGGCAACCAAGACUCUCCCUCUGCCACCGCUCCCCGAGGUCUCCUCAGACACUGUGUGUAAACCAGGGAGCGCAGCAAAGAGGAGCUGCGACGCAGGAAGGCGCAGCAGCUGGACUUUGGCUCGCUGCUGGGACGCCAAGCUUUUAACAGCAACUGGGGAGAGGAGCCAAGCGAGGCCGGCCCUGCCAUCACCACCAACAGAUGGAUUUUAAAGCCAGUCUUAAGAGUGUCAAACCCAAGACGGAGGAGGAGCGCAAGGUGAACUCCUCGCAGCCGGUCGACUUCCGUGCUGUUCUAGGGAAGAAGGGCGCAGCCAACAGUAAUAACAACAAGCCAGCUGAGAUGCCCGGGAAAAACGCUGCUGACUUCCGCUCUGUCCUCACCAACAAGAAGAAGCCAGCGAGCCCAGAAAAGAACGGGGAGGGCGGGAAGAUGGUGGUGAACAACUGUGUGGAUGGGGGGAUUCAUGAGAAGAAGAGCAAUGGAGGAGGAGGAGGAGGAGGGAAGGUGCUGGAGUUUGUGGAGAAACUGAAUGAUGUGACGGUGCUAGAAGGGCAGAGGCUCCGGCUGCAGUGCCGCCUUGCUGCCACCACCUCUGAUCCUGCAGACAUCACCGUCACCUGGACACUGGACGGGAAGGUCAUCAAGCCGUCCAAGUUCAUCGUACUCACCAACGAAGGCAACCUGUGCUCUCUGACUAUAGACAAAGCUCUACCAGAGGACGAAGGCCAGUAUAAAUGCAGAGCCGAGACGUCGGCAGGAAAGGCUGAGAGCUCAUGUGUAGUUCUAGUCGACGACCCAGCAGAAAACUCUCCGGCUGACAAGAAAUCCAAGAAGUCGGCUCCAACCUCAGAGAGUGAAGCCAGAAUAAAGAAACCGACCCCCAAGACUCCUCCCAAACAAGCCAUGCCCCCUCAGAUCCUGCAGUUCCCAGAGGACAUGAGGAUCCUGGCAGGACAGAAGGUGGAGAUCCUCUGCAAGUUCGCCGGAGCUCCGCCCAUCAGCUGCGCCUGGCUCAAGUUCAGGAAACCAAUCCAGGAGGGCUCGACCGACAUCUCCAUAGAAAGCUUGGACAGCAGCAGUAAACUGACCAUCUCCAGCAGUCAGCAGGAGCACUGUGGAUGUUACACCAUUGAGCUGCGGAACGGUUAUGGCUUCCGACAGGCCGCCCUCAACCUCACUAUCGUCGAUAAACCGGACCCCCCAGCAAAGGUCCCGGCAACCUCCGAUAUUGGGCGUUCCAGUCUGACUUUGUCAUGGUACGGUCCAACCUACGACGGAGGCAGCGCCGUGCAGUCCUACAACCUGGAGAUCUGGGACUCUGUGGAGCAGCAGUGGAAACACCUGGUGUCCUGCAACAGCACCUCCUACAGUGUACAGAACCUUCUUCCAGACCGUCAGUAUAAGUUUCGUGUCCGGGCGGAGAACGUCUAUGGCGUUGGAGAGCCAAGCGCAGAGUCUGAACCUGUUACUGUUGGCCUGAUGGAGGAUGACGAGAACCAGGAUGAGGCCGAGGCAGAGGAGGACGACGAAGACUCGGAGAAGGAGCCAGACUACAGAGACGUGACCAUCAGAACAGAUGUGAAGGUGAAGGAGCUGUACGAUGUGGAGGAGAGGCUGGGAACGGGCAAGUUCGGUCAAGUCUUCAAGCUGGUGGAGAAGGCCACCAAGAAGGUUUGGGCAGGAAAGUUCAUCAAGGCGUACUCGGCAAAGGAGAAGGACAACGUCCGGCAGGAGAUUGGCAUCAUGAACAGCCUCCAUCACCCCAAACUGGUGCAGUGUGUCGACGCCUUCGAGGCCAAGUCUGACAUCGUCAUGGUGCUGGAGAUGAUCUCCGGUGGCGAGCUGUUUGAGAGGAUCAUUGACGAGGACUUUGAGCUGACGGAGAGGGAGGUGAUCAAAUACAUGCUGCAGAUCAUCGACGGUGUCAGCUUCAUCCACAAACAGGGCAUUGUUCACCUCGACCUCAAACCAGAGAACAUCAUGUGUGUCAACAAGACCGGUAGCAAGAUCAAACUCAUCGACUUUGGCCUCGCCAGACGACUAGCGAAUGCAGGGACUCUGAAGGUUUUGUUUGGGACUCCUGAGUUUGUGGCUCCAGAAGUGAUCAAUUACGAAGCCAUCAGUUACCCCACAGACAUGUGGAGCAUAGGAGUCAUCUGUUAUAUACUACUGAGCGGCCUGUCUCCCUUCAUGGGCGACAACGACAACGAGACCCUGUCCAAUGUCACAUCAGCCACUUGGGAUUUUGAGGAUGAGGCUUUUGACGAAAUUUCCGAUAAUGCCAAAGAUUUUAUCACCAAACUGCUGAAGAAAGACCUGAAGGCUCGGCUGACCUGCGCUCAGUGUUUUGAACACCCCUGGCUGAAGCAGGACACCAACACCAUGAAGGCCAAGAAACUGUCCAAGGAAAGGAUGAAGAAGUACAUCCUGAGGAGGAAAUGGCAGAAAACGGGUAAUGCUGUUCGAGCCAUCGGCAGACUGUCGUCCAUGGCCAUGAUGGCCGGAGUCAGCGCCAAGAAGGGCUCACCCACCGAAGAGGACAACCAGUUCCUGGAGUCCUUGGAGUAUGAGCAGAAGACAGAGUGUAAGCCAAGUUUUAGUGUGGUCAUCAAAGAUGUGGAGGUGGUGGAGGGCAGCGCCGCUCGCUUCGACUGCAAGAUAGAAGGUUACCCUGACCCUGAGGUGGUGUGGUACAAAGAUGACCAGCCAAUCAAAGAGACCCGACACUUCCAGAUCGACUACGACGAAGACGGAAACUGCAGCCUGGUCAUUUCAGAGGUGUCAGGCGACGAUGAUGCCAAGUACACGGUGAAGGCGGUCAACAGUCUGGGGGAGGCGACCUGCACAGCUGAGCUGCUGGUGGAGUUUAUGGCCGGUGAGGAGGAGGAGGAGGAGGAGGAGGAGGAGGAGGAGUAAAGAUGUGUCUGUCUGGACUACCACAGGAAGAGGAGGGAGUGGUGUGGAACUUUGCGUUGGCCUGUCAAACCCGAGCAGGAAAAAUGUACCCAUGAUUCAAUAAAUUGUGCUGUUGUGAUUGGAGGAGCAGGUGGGCGGAGUUUGACACAUGGGAAUAGGAUUAGUUUGUCGAAAACAGCCCUGAUAAAUGCACCAAGUGUCCUUGUAAGUGGACAACGUGAACUCCCCACAGCUUGCUAAAAUCCCAGAGUUCUAGUAGCUGCACACUCAGCAUGUGCAUGUAACAGUGACCACCCUGAAAAUUAAGGUGGUGUUCACAUCAGUUUGAUUUCUGAUGUGGCACUUCACCAUUACUAAUGCCGUAACAGUGUCUGAACAGUUCCUGCGAAUGACAUUUGUAGCCCUCUGACCAACAGCAGUGCGUCCUGCUGUGUGCUAAGCCCCGCCCACCUGAAACCUGGAGUACAGAAGCCCCACCCCUCUCAGGUCAGCCUUUAUUCCUUAGCCGCAUUUUCUUUUAGAGGCCUAUAACUGAAACAUGACAUGUGACAUGCAGAACGACGUGAAGUGAAGAUGACCUGUGGAGAUUUGGACGAGUAGAGGCGCCAUGGACCACAGUUUUUGAUCCUCUCUCACACACACACAUGUGCAUGCUGACAAUAUGAUACACAAUACUGCUGACACCAGAGCCGGAUUAAGCUCCUUAGGGGCCCUGGGGCACAGCGAUGUUCCUGGGCCCCUAGUGCCCCCCACUAUGCAUGUCAGUGACAUCAUCACUCCCAGAAACCAACCAGGACACGAGGGCUAAAGCGAUUAGAGGGCUAAAGCAAUUAGUGGAUUAGUCAGUUUGUUGCCUGACACAGAAUUGAUUGGCAGCCAUUUGGAUAAUUAAUCAUAUAAGUAUUUAUUUAAGCAAAAUUUGACUUGUGAAUGUGUCUGACAGUGCAGUGCUGGGGUGUGACUGUUGGUCAGUCAAGACAAAGCUUUGUGAAUAUACUGCUUUUCACUGUUUUGACACUGAAGAGCCAAUCGACCCAUUGUCUUAUGGAAUAAUUAGACCUUUCCUGAGAUUUCUUCUGUGUUAAGUACUUGACACGCAGAAAAACUGAAGCAGUGUGAUAAAACAACUUAACAGUUUAAUCAGUAAUCAAAGUGUUAAAACUAGAUCUGGACAGAGUCCUUCUACAAGGCCGGGCCAACACGAUGAAGAGCUGCUGUUUAUUAACAUGUAUAUAUUAAUAAAUAGCAGUUCCACCUCCCAGGGCUCUCGUGAGUAUGAUCCAGGUGUCACUGGUAAACUGGUUGUUAACCCUCCUCCCCAACAGUCUGACAUCUGACUGAUCAACAGCAUCUUCGGUUUGGCACUCUCCACCUUUAGCCUGUAUUCAUCCAUGAAUGCAGUUACACUAAUGUGUGUAGCUUUGUAAAAAGAACACAUGCAGUGACAACAUCUGCCUCACCACACAGGGCAUCUGGGUUGAUGAAGACUUCCAAACAGUUCUGUGUCAGUCACCAGGUACCUUAAUGCUGUAUCAUUGCGAUGCUCAGAACCACACCUAUGGCAGCAGAGAUGAGGCAUCCCACAGUUGGUCUGUGUGCCCUUGCUGCUCUGCUGGGAAACAGUCAGCCCAUGCACCUUCCUUCUGUUUGAGCACUUUCUUUUCUGCGCGUUCUGUUUUUGACUUCAACAGUGGUUGAGCUCCAGAGCACCUUUGCUUUGUCGUUAGCCUUAAAGCCACACAGCGACACAUUAAACGACAGUAGUCGUAGUAGUAGUUAUUGUUUCUGCCAAAUGCUGAUCACAUGGUGGGACAAGGGAAGGCUGGCUGUCCACCGGGCUGGCUUAAGAAACCCCUCGUUUUAUUGUCUUGUACAGGCGUUAUAAGACUCCAGGACAUGCACCAGAUAAAGAGAUUAGCCCAUAAAUCCUAAUUAUAAGAUAUGUAUUAUAAAUGCGAUGUUCUCCCAAAGGUCUCAUGAUUAUCUUGUUGUUCAUAUAUUUUAUGUCAUCCUCACAAGAUUAAAUCUUUUUCUAAAUUUCUAGCUUUUUAUCCUGAAGUUAUGACAUGAACAUGUUUCAAAGCUACAACAUCCUUCAUGAGAUUAAAAUUAAAAUUCAGCAUUGCUUUUUAGAGUACUGUGAUAGAUACAGAUCUUGUCUUUUAAAAAAAAUAUAUUUUAUACGUCUUUAUCACAUAAUCGCAGGAUAGAUUUUGUGAUUAUGUGAUUGUUGCUGAACCUCAUUUGUGAUCUUUUCCAUGAUGACCUGAUCUUCUCUCUGAACAUGGUGCACACUCUCCUUAGGGAGACAAAGAUCUAUGCUUCCCGUAUGUCUGAGAAAAGAUCUCAUACAUAACUGUGAUGUCCAUUGCUUGUACAAAUCACAAUACGACAAGAAUUUCUUGAGAUGUUGCAAACCCAACACAACGUUUGUGGUGCUGUAACACUAAACAUCACAACCCCAGAAUCAAAGAAAUCUUUCUAAUCUGACACUUUUUACUGUUUACAGUUUUAUUGUGGACUUUUUCAAAUGAUGAGCCACACAGAUGAACCUCAGGUGACUGUGGUUUAUUCCAGUCUUUCUCACUGAGCAAAGCAAAGUGAAACUUCAAGAGGACUGCCUUGAUUUUAGAAAUUGUGUGUUUGAGUGCAUUUGACUGGUAGUUGAAGCAGCUUCAGCAACGAGACCUGGGCCUCUGUCCCCUCACAAGCCACGUGUGAUUUAAACGUGUUAUCACAUCGAUGCUGACGUUGGAGUCGUACCUUUGAACGUUUCCUGUCACAUUCCAGCUGUUUGUUUGUGCUUGAAUCCAUUUCCUUAAACUCAGUUUUCAACCAGAAACCAAAGGAACUUGUUUAAACUUCACAGCUAUGUUUGUGUGUUCAUGUUUAGGCCUGGGCCUGUUUGCGUGUUGGCGACUGUUUGUUUUUACAAAUGUUUUAUUUUUAGACUUAUUUAAUGCACAGAUUCAUUAUCAUAAUAUCAUCUUCUUGGAGAUCUUCUCGCCAGCACUUAUUUGUCACUAUUACAAGUGUUCUCCUCGUACUGCAGCAAACGGGGGCUCACUCCUAGACUGAGUUGUUUUUGUAUUAGAUGUAUGUAGAUCUUGUUUCUCUAGUUUUUAUAAAUGUAUUAUCAGUUUGAUGAACUGCAGAUGACAUGUAUGAGAGCACUACGACUGUAGUCACUCACAGAUACCAAAUAAAUGUCUAUCACAA